CAAGCCAGUACCGCGACGCCGUUCGCCGCGAGACGAGCGUACCUAGUCGCUUUGCUCGCGCUUUGUCGCGUGACAGUCUGUCAGUGGUGCUUUAGGCCUUUGUGCGCUCCUUUGGAUACGCGUGGAUACGACAUGCAGUGACAACGCGAGGAUGGCGCGCAAGGUGGCGCCCAGUCACUACAUGGCGGCGCCGCCGUCGGAGCGCGCUGGCGUGCUGCAGGGCUACUCCACGGACGGCGAGGAGAGCCGGGCGCCGUCGGACCGCACCCUGUCCGAGUACAUGGUGGCCAACGAGCGUGCCGCCGUGCUGCCGCGCCACUCCAGGGACAGGGAGUGGGCGCACGUGCACCAGACCCAUGGCGCACGCAGCCCCUCCCGGGGCCCGCCGAGGGCGCCGUCGAGGAACUCGCGGUCCUCGCGGCACCAGGGCGCCAACCACCUCGACGACGACUCGAGCGACAUCUACGUGACGAGCGCCGUGUACCGGGCGCCGUCGGAGUUCAGCCGCGGCUCACGGGGGCCUCCGCCCGGCCCGCCCAGCCACUACUCGUACCGCUCCAGGCCGCCGUCCGAGGUGUCCACGGUGCGCACCAUCACCAAGACGGGUCGCAAGGCGGGCGUGGUGGUGGAGACCAUGUCGGCGCCCAACCCCUUCUGCCCCAACACCAAGGGCGUGUGCUGCCUGCUGCUGCUGCUCAACCUGGGCCUCAUCCUCGUCACGCUGGGCUUCGUCAUCGUCAUCCAGUUUUUCGAACCCUUUUUCGUGUGGAUCCUGGGCAUCGUGUUCCUGGUGUUCGGCUUCCUCACGCUCAUCGGCAGCCUGGUGUACUGCGUGUACGUGUGCCGGGACGCCAAGAGCCCUCGCGAGGUGGCCGCCGAGCCGCACUACUGGACGCACCACUGGCAGAAGAACUUCAGCACGCCCGAGAUCCGCUACAAGUCGGAGGAGAAGUACCCCGACGACCGAUUCAGCGACCGCUACUCGGUCGGCAAGUACUCCGAGAAGUACUCGGACCGAGGCGGAAUGCCGCACCGCGACCGCUACUGAGCAUGCUGUGCACAAAGACCACCCAGCACGGCGAUACCCCCCGCCGCGGCGUGGGCUCGGCUGCAGUGCAGAGUAUUGGCGGCUAGGGCUGCAGUGCGGAGUAUCGGCGGCGAGGCCUGCAGCGCGAGUUGCAGCGGCCUUACCCCACGCGUCAGGGUGCCUUGCCCAGCCGACCGCGGGAGUACUUGCACGCUCGGGUCCCCUCUCGCUUGGCUCGCCCAGCCGCCAAUGCAAGUUGUAAAUCUUUCAAAGGUUUUCGUCGGAAGCAAAAGUGUUUGCUUUAAAAAGAAAUGGAGUCGGAGCAUGACCUGAAUUCAGGGUUACCGUACAGAACCGCGGUUACUAGUACUACUAACUGCAAGGCGUGGGUGACGUCUACGAGGGUGGCGCCGUGGUGCGAGGUACCAGCAGUGUCCUUAGUGUCAACAAUUCACCAGUUAAAUUUCUGCCGUCUAAACGGCAAAUGCUUAAUGUCUGGGGCUAUGACGUUACGAAGCUUCAAGCAACAUUUCGAACGUUGAUUUUGGAGCUGGGAAAUGAUAGUAAGAGCCCAGAGACGUACGCCGAAAUAUGUGAACAGAGAAUUGCUUAGUGAAUGGCAAAUUAAGAACAACACUAGGUGCCGCACAAACUAAACUUAUUGAGACUGCCUAACUAGUUACCAAUUGGAACGACUCUCCGGCACAUUGCGUGCCUUGAUAUGAAAUGCGGGUGUAAAAGGGCGCUAAGAAGAAUAAUAGGCCGCUGUAUUUUAAAAACAGAUAGCCCCAAACCUGCUGUGUUAGAAAAAUGCGUAGGUGGGGGUGGGUUCCUGCCAAUCCCCGUUUGUGGUGCUAUAAGUGAGACUGACUGCUUGGAAGUAGUCUGGUGCUUAGUUAAAGCCGGAAAUUGGUGUGCAGCGUUGUGAGCUAUUUUACAAUUAUUAAUCACGAUCUUCCAUUCUACGUUUCGAACACGGUGUCUGUACUUCAUUGCGCGCUGCCAUUGUUUACAGUUCCCCCUGUUAGUCUUGAUCGGAGCUUGAAGGGUUUUUCGACUAACAAACUAAACGGUUGAUGGGUACUUUUUUCAAAGCACCGGUUGAAACAAACAGGAUUAGUAAGCGGGUGCUAGGCAAACAACGCUGCGUGUUUUUGUAAUUAUAUUCAAUUGUCAGUACAUUCGUGUAAAACAAAGAUAUUAAUAUUUAUUUAAUGAAUGUACAUAUUUAAGAUAAUCAUAAGUGUCACUUCAGUAUGAUGUAACAAAGUUUAUUACCUGUGAUGCAUUCAGUUUCAGUGCAAUAAAAAUUACAUAUUUGAAUCAACUUAA